CUAGAGUCUAGAGUCAAGGCUAGACGUCUAGACCUAGCCUGGACUCGCAGUUCGCAGGCUGUGAAAUGCGCAACAGGCUGGUCAUCAUGCACACCUAGGUAGAAACCAUGGGGCACAUUGUCGUGCAGGCGUCAGGAUCUCGAAGCGGCUCCAGGUUUUCUGUUCCAGCUGAUACUACUGUAGUAGGUAGCUCUGCGCUCUGCAUGGGGCAGACAAGAUGCAGAGGCGCUGGUCAUUGUGGAUGAUGAUGGAUCGUCGGUGGUGGCCAGCUUGAGGGGCUGUGCUGGAUGCCAGCUGAUCAGUGCCUGCACAAUGACUGAGGGGAGCGGAAGGAAGAGGUGGCCGUAUCAUGAGCUGCUGCAAUGUGUUGAUUGAGGUGUGAUCUGAGUCCGCAUUCUUCUGUGAUCUGCAUCUUGCCAUGGUCCUUGGACUGUCGCUGCCAAGCCGGCCUGGGGACCACAUGCCUGUCCCGCACGGGGAUAUGGAAGCAGGCAGCUUGCCUGCCACACAGGCAGUGCAACAAGGGGACUGCGCUCUUGCUGGCAAGCACGUCGACGGGUGGGAGCAGCACCGUGGAGCAGCUGCGCCUGAGGCUGAGGAGCUGGCGGAUCUGCCUGCCAACUCUGUGUCAGACUGUCUGCUGAGCAAGGACAGGGACGAUGGGUGUGAUGUUGUGGAGCGGGAGCGCGUGUGGCGCAAGCUGAGCUGGGCCAUUGUGUUGUGCUGCCUCUUCAUGGGGAUCGAGGUGGUGGGAGGCGUGUUGUCCAACAGCCUGGCCAUCUUGACGGAUGCAGCACACCUGCUCUCCGACGUCGCAGGCUUUGCGCUGUCCCUGUUUGCGCUGUGGGGUGCUAGCUGGCGGCCCACACGGCGGCACUCAUAUGGGUACCAGCGCAUGGAGAUUUUGGGUGCCCUGGCCUCUGUGCUCAUGACCUGGGCCAUCACUGGCUUCAUCAUUGUGGAGGCCAUCACCAGGCUGCUGUACAGCGCCGAGGAUGUGAACGGGCGCGUCAUGUUCUUGACGGCCACCUUUGGUGUGGCGGUCAAUGUGGCCAUGGCGGUCCUGCUGUCGGAGCACCACUCGCACGGCCUGCCCGGCCAAGCGUGCAGCCACGGGCACGAUCACGCCCACGCGCAUGCGGUGGACAGCUAUGCGGGACCGCCCUCGCCCAACAAGCCUGUGCGUACUGGGUAUGCUGUGCUGGAGAACACCGAGGAGCCCACCUCAGAGAAGGAUUCCUUUGUGGAGAUGGCGUCGGUGGUGCUGCCCGCUGCCGAUGGCAUCGCGGGCCAGGACGUGGCCGUGGUCGUGCACCGCCAUGACAACCAUGGGACAGAGCCAGCGGCGGACCAUGGUGUACAAAAGGCCCUCACGUCAGCUGGACAAGCGUGCACAGGGCACCACUCCGAGGGCCACCGGCACGAGCACCCCCCCAGCGCUGGCCCGCCUAGCUCGAAAGCCGGCCAGGGCGACCUCAGCAGCGCAACAGCGGAGGGUCCUGCGGGCCAGCACUCCCCGCAUACGCAUUCUCACCAGCACCAGCAGCACACCGGUUGCGAGGCUGGGCAUGGUACAGCGGCGCACCACAGCCACGCCCAUCCCCCAGUCCAACCGCACUCUCACCACCACCACCCCCAUCCGCAUUCCCACUUCCAUUCAUGUGGCCACAAGGAGCCGGCCAAGGGGCACGGCCACAGGGAGGCUCCAGCGUCUGCCGCGACGGAGGCCCCGGAUUGCCACAACUGCAGCGACGCGGAUGCGUUCACGCCGCUCUUCAGCCCGCUGCAGCUCCUGUCGGAUGCCCCCGCGUACCUGGCAGGCAAGCUGGACCCGUCCUUCUCGCCAAGCGAGGGCCCUGGGGGGGCCCAUGUACAUAGUAGCGGGGGGUGUAAGGGGGCCCACGGGCACACCCCUCGGAAGCAGAACAUCAACCUGCGGGGCGCGUUUGUGCACGUGGUGGGGGACCUGGUGCAGUCGGUGGGGGUCAUGGUGGCGGGCGCCAUCAUCUGGGCCAGGCCCGACUGGCGCGCGGUGGACCUGGCGUGUACGUUCCUGUUCAGCACGCUGGUGGUGGGGACGACCGUGAAGAUGGUGCGCGACAUUGUGGAGAUCCUGAUGGAGGCCACACCACACGACGUGGACGCCGACGCACUCGAGGCCGCCCUGCAGAAGCUGGACGGGGUGCGCGGGGUGCACCGCCUGCACGUCUGGGCGCUCUCAGUUGGGAAGAACGCGCUGACGUGCCACGUGGCAGCGAAGCAGGGCGCGGACACAAGAAAGGUUCUUAGGGAGGCUUCAGAAUUGUGCAGCUCUAUUUAUAAGAUCGACCAUGUGACCAUUCAAAUUGAAAGCUGAGUCCGCUCAUAGCGGGCGACCUUGCAAAAGCAUCGCGGAAUCACGGAGACUUUUGAGCUUGCUUCUGAAGGAGAGGGAAAAGAUCAGUCGAUAGUAUCAUUGCUUGAAACGCAAUGGGCGAAGAUCCAGGUCGUUGGUUACGAAAAAGUUAUUAUACCAAGUACGCCCAUGUGCAACCAUGUGCUAGAGCACCUGUGGACUCGAAGUUUUAAGCUUGCACGCAAUUCAUAUCAGAUAUGGUCCUUCGUUGCACACAGUUGUCGAAAACGCCGGCAACGGUGAAGCGCAAAUUCUAGUGAAC